UUUAUAAAUAAAUUUUGAAGUGUCGGAAUCACAUAAAGAACUGUUUAGCAAUGCCAAAUUUAAAGAACGUUAAAAAUCGAUCCAAAUUUUAUGAUCAACAGGAUAAAAAGAGAACCCACAGGCGGCGCAAGAAGGUUGCUGCCCGAUUGGAUGCAAAACCAAUCCAGGACGAGCCCGUAACGUCGAGUGGGGAAGGACUAUAUCCUCAGAUGAGCCGUAUGGAUAAAAAGAGAACCCACAGGCGGCGCAAGAAGGUUGCUGCCCGAUUGGAUGCAAAACCAAUCCAGGACGAGCCCGUAACGUCGAGUGGGGAAGGACUAUAUCCUCAGAUGAGCCGUAUGGAUAAAAAGAGAACCCACAGGCGGCGCAAGAAGGUUGCUGCCCGAUUGGAUGCAAAACCAAUCCAGGACGAGCCCGUAACGUCGAGUGGGGAAGGACUAUAUCCUCAGAUGAGCCGUAUGAUGACACAUCCGAACGAGCCAAGCAACCAGCAUCCGCCGAGGAUGGAUUCGCGGCAGAUCCCUCCGUGGCAGGCCAGCCCGGCAGCCUAUUUAGGAUAUCAUUUCCGAUUCGGGAGAUAGAUAUAGGGUCCGCUUUGUGUUAAUAGAAGUGGGACAGCUGAAAUCAAAGUUUGCGCCGGUCGAUAUUCGCCGGAUCGGCUCUCUGGCGGAAACACUUUGGACCUCCUAUUACCGCCCACCUCGUUUUUCUAUUGCAGCCCGCACCAUGACGACACUAAGUGGCAUUCAAGUUGCAUCCAAUCCGUACCGUACCCCGUCCUCUGUCUUUCUGAUGUCCGCUUGCCUGGCUUGUGGUUUGAGUUUAAAGUUUAAGUGGCGCAAAAUCAGCGCUCAUGCAGUGGAAGAAACUGUGCAAGUUUUCAGCUAACGAAUAUAAAGUACCAAAUUAUAACUUGUGAUGUAUUUUCUAGAAAUAUUUUGUACUACUAAUUUUUAAGUAUAUAAAAUCCACAAACAAAUCUUGUAAUAAAUGUAAAA